AUGGCGAGAAGUGUGAGUUCAGUUGUCGAGAUGAUUGAGUAUGUGUAUGCCCAUGAGCCGAAGAGGCAGUUGGGCACCCUACAAAGGCCUGAAGGGAAGAACUUUGAACUGCCAUGCUCAACCAUCGAACGCAACCCAGAGAAAAGGACAGUGGCCUGCAAACCCUGGAGGGACUGGCUCGACUGGCUCGUUCCCCCAAGUGCCUCUGUCAUCAAGGGUGGUGAGGGAGAGAGUGCACGAGGAUGGGACAGAAAAAAGGUGCCCUCCAUGCCUGUGCCUGGUAGCGUAUUGGCAGACUACACAAUAAGCGCAACAUCCUACAACCUUGAUUUUUCAUCAGCAAACGCAGAUCUUUCCAGCUCACUACAGGCACAAGGAAUAAUUUUACCUGCAGAUGCGUUUGCUCAAAGUGCAUAUGACUGUCUGAAUGAAGAACUUGGAAUUGGAAAUAUAACCAAUGAGACCAAUGGAUUCUGUCCGACUGGCACAAAAGGCAUCAUCAUUUACAGAUGUGAUUCAAAUGGCUGGACAGCAAUAGAUGAAAACUGUAUACUUGCGGUUAUCAGUGAUUUACUUAACCUAAUUCAGACCUUGCCAGUGGAACAGAUUCAAGAAUUCAUGGCUAACCUUAGUUUCGCAGCAGAGCAGAAUAAUAUUAAUAUAACUCAGUCUGCUCCUAUUGUGCGAGUGAUUGUGGAUAUACUCUUUAAAAUUGCUGAUCUGGUAAAAGCAAUCUUCAUUGGUCAGCCAGUGAUGAAGAGUUUCCUAAAAAUAGUAGACAUUGCUUUAUCAAAUGAUGCCAUUGGGACAUGGAAAAAACUGAUCAAUGGCAACACCACGGCAAACACCAACAUUAAACUUCUGAACGCCAUCGAGAAUAUAAGUGAACGUCUCAUAAACAUGUUUCAAAUUAAUCAAACAUACAUUCAGCUGAUCAGAACUAUAGUAAGUAACUCAUUCAGUGUAACAUCAACAUUGCCAAACUCAACUACUGAGAUUGUGAUACCACAGCUUCCUGAGAUGACCACAGCAACCAUCCUAAUCUUCACAACUCUUAACAAUAUCCUUCCAACCCGUAAAAUUUCGAAUUAUAACAGCAGCACGGAAUCAGAUCAACGUAUUAAUGGUGACGUGGUUGUUGUUAAAGCUGAUAAAACAGUUAACAACAUAUCUUUUGUGUUCAACAUUACUAAUCAAUCUUUGGGAAAUCCUCAGUGUGUCUUUUGGAACUUUGACUUUGACGCAUGGGAUUCCACUGGAUGUGAAGUAAAGCAAGUAGGAAAUGACUCUGGCAUAAUUACAUGUGAAUGCAACCACACAACCUUUUUUUCAAUUCUAAUGUCACCAUUUGACAUUGACAGAAAAGUCUUAGCCUAUAUAACUUACAUUGGAGUAUCUAUUUCAAUGGCCAGCUUGAUUUUAUGCCUCAUUAUUGAAGCUAUCGUUUGGAAAUCAGUGACAUCAACCAGAGGUGUCAGAAAUGUCACCUCCUAUAUUCGACAUGUCUGCUUAGUCAACAUUGCCCUGUCAUUACUGAUAGCAAACAUCUGUUUCUUCAUUGAAGCUGCAAUCUCAGAUGAAGACAUGCCAAUCCAUGCGAAUCGCUGCAGUCCAGUGGUUUUCUUUAUGCACUUUUUUUACCUGGCUCUUUUCUUCUGGAUGUUAAUUUCAGGGAUGCUUCUCUUUUACAUGACAGUCAUGGUAUUUUCCAGAAUGUCAUUUAUCAUAAUGAUGAUCAUUGCCUUCACAGUUGGUUACGGUGCACCUUUGCUCAUAGCGGCCAUUACUGUUGCGUCGACAACUGGUUCUCAGGAAUAUGUUUCCAAACAAGCAUGCUGGCUGAACUGGGAUGAAUCUAGGGCUCUGCUGGCAUUUGUGAUUCCAGCUCUCGCUAUUGUAGCCAUAAACCUUGUGGUUUUGGUUGUGGUUCUGUACAAGAUGUUGAGAAGAGGAGUUGGUGCCGCAACUCAACCAGAUGAGAAACAAACAUUCUUUGUCGCUGUCCGAUGUGUGGCCCUUUUGACUCCUCUUUUUGGUCUAACAUGGGGAGUUGGAAUUGGAACCAUGGUGUCACGUAAAUUAAGCGUUCAUGUGGUGUUCACCUUCCUCAAUUCAUUCCAGGUUCGAGCGUCACUACGAGGAAAACUGCUACUAGAGAAAAUCACUUCCCGUUUUACCAAGAGCACCAGUGGAGGAGCAUCAUCUUCAGCUAGACAAGAGACACCACAGAUGAAUGUGAACAAUGUGUCUGGUUCUAACAAUUCCUCCAGACUUACUUCAGAGGGCACCAAUGGCUCAUUUUCAGAUGUAGACACCCAGUUGUAG